AUGGCCUCGUUUUCGUCUUGUGUACGUAUUCUUUACAAUACUUCUAAUGUUGAUCGCGCCGUCCACACGAUUGUUCAUUGCAGCGAUGGGAAAUACGUGGAAGUACCAAGGGAGGUUGCUGAUAAAUGCAGCUUUAUUGAAAAAGUCUCUGAGGACAUAAUUCCUGAAUUUGACUACCCUGCAGCUGUUCUUGAAAACCUUAUCUGCUGGACCGAGCACUAUGGUAUGGAUGGUGUUGCCGCAAGCGAAAUUGUAAGACCAUGUAUUUACCGAAAUGUUCUUCAUGUUCUGAAGAAUAAAUGGGAUGCUGGCUUUUUUUUUUCUCGCCUUACAACUGAGCUAAACAUUGGACACUAUCUUCAGACUAUAAAUGCAGCAGAAAAGUUCAAUAUGAAAGGGUUCCAUGACUUUCUUUGUGUUGGUCUCAGCUGUAAGUUUCGCAGUGACGAGGAGGCAGAGCUCAUUCACAAGAUUAUGGGUGUUCCUGUUAAUGAGCAAGUGGAACCAGAGGAUAUUGAGAAUACAACAACACGGUAUCUUUGGCUAAAUGAGGCCAUUGAACCGGUUGUAAGGAAGUAA